AUGGAGUCUAUGCACACGAUGUCUAUCAAGCUGCUUUGCUCCAGUUCUCCCUCAAACGAGGGAGCCAAAGAUCCCCGAAACUUUGGCCUGUCAGUCCAUUUCUCUGCUCUCACCUCACUCCUACUUCCUUUGUCCGCUGCAGAUGACGAUGGACGAAAAGUAUGUCAACAACAUCUGGGACCUUCUGAAGAACGCCAUCCAGGAGAUCCAGAGGAAGAACAACAGCGGGCUGAGCUUCGAGGAGCUCUACAGGAACGCCUACACCAUGGUGCUGCACAAACACGGCGAGAAGCUCUACACGGGCCUCCGGGAGGUGGUCACUGAGCACCUCAUCAACAAAGUAAGGCCAAUGAACGCAGGGUGGUAGAUGAAUGUGUUCAUCCCAGUGCAGGUCGGGAUGUUGAUUCAGUACUGGGUGCUGUUCAUUAGGGCAUGCGACAAGAAAACAUUUUAAAAGCAUUUAGCAACAGACAAUGAAAACGAGUGUUUCUUAUUGGACGAGUCCAGGUAGUCCCUCCCUGUUUCAGCCAGUUUUCUUUCGUUUGGUGCCUCAUGAACACGACCCAGGUCUGGAUUAACGUCCCCUUUGCUGGAUUUGUGCGGGUAUGUGGAAUUAAUCACUGUCAUAAAAUCAUUGGCAGGUCUUUAGCGUAUUUUCCGUCAGUACACUUGCAGGAUCUCUGGAGUCGGGGGAAUAGUCACUGAGCUUGAUCACAGGAUGUUACUCAGCUUGACCACAAAAUUACGUUAAUUGUUGAAAAGCAAGGAAACAAAUCUUGUGAACGCCUGUCACUUGAAUCCAGGCGAUAUUAAAUUACAGGGUGAUUGGCCUGUUCACAGUAUUAAGCCUGUAUGGUAUGCUGACAGCAUGAUGAAGUGGAGCGCUCAUAUUAAACCUAUUACUGUGGAAAAGCUCUGGGGAUCUGUCUGACUAUGGCUGGAUGCGGUGGACUUGCAAAACAAAUAAAACUAUCCGGAAAACAUGAGUUGCUCCCAUUCAUUCAUCAGCCUUGUAUUUAGUGGUUGGAAAUGAAAUGAGAGAAGUUUGAGGAAUUGGGCUAUCAGAAGGUCCAGCUCCACUAUGGCCCAUAGACAUCUGACUGGAGAUUUGAAAGCCCUCUUUCAGUAAUGGUACACACACACACACAGUCCUGAUCUUUGACAAGCUCGGCUGAUUGAAAAAGCCUCCUGUUUCGGAGAGUGAAACACGAUUUGUAUUUUUGGUUUUGUUCUGUGUUUUGUCCAAUCGUGUACAGUGCCUUGCUAAAGUAUUCAUCUCCCUUGGCAUUUUUCCUAUUUUGUUGCAUUACAACCUGUAAUUUAAAUUGAUUUUUAUUUGGAUUUCAUGUAAUGGACAUACACAAAAUAGUCAAAAUUGGUGAAGUUAAAUGAAAAAAAUAACUUGUUUCAAAAAAUUUGAAAAAAUAAAUAACGGAAAAGUGGUGUGUGCAUAUGUAUUCACCCCCUUUGCUAUGAAGCCCCUAAAUAAGGUCUGGUGCAACCAAUUACCUUCAGAAGUCACAUAAUUAGUCAAAUAAAGUCCACCUGUGUGCAAUCUAAGUGUCACAUGAUCUGACACAUGAUCAUGUGACACAUGAUCAUCUGAAGGAGCUGCAAAGCUCCACAGCGGAGAUUGGAGUAUCUGUCCAUAGGACCACUUUAAGCCGUACACUCCACAGAGCUGGGCUUUACGGAAGAGUGGCCAGAAAAAAAGCCAUUGCUUAAAGAAAAAAAUAAGCAAACACGUUUGGUGUUCGCCAAAAGGCAUGUGGGAGACUCCCCAAACAUAUGGAAGAAGGUACUCUGGACAGAUGAGACUAAAUUUGAGCUUUUUGGCCAUCAAGGAAAAUGCUAUGUCUGGCGCAAACCCAACACCUCUCAUCACCCCGAGAACACCAUCCCCACAGUGAAGCAUGGUGGCAGCAUCAUGCUGUAGGGAUGUUUUUAAUCGGCAGGGACUGGGAAACUGGUCAGAAUUGAAGGAAUGAUGGAUGGCGCUAAAUACAGGGAAAUUCUUGAGGAAAACCUGUUUCAGUCUUCCAGAGAUUUGAGACUGGGAUGGAGGUUCACCUUCCAGCAGGACAAUGACCCUAAGCAUACUGCUAAAGCAACACUUGAGUGGUUUAAGGGGAAACAUUUAAAUGUCUUGGAAUGGCCUAGUCAAAGCCCAGACCUCAAUCCAAUUGAACAUCUGUGGUAUGACUUAAAGAUUGCUGUGCACCAGCGGAACCCAUCCAACUUGAAGGAGCUGGAGCAGCUUUGCCUUGAAGAAUGGGCAAAAAUCCCAGUGGCUAGAUGUGCCAAGCUUAUAGAGACAUACCCCAAGAGACUUGCAGCUGUAAUUGCUGCAAAAGGUGGCUCUACAACGUAUUGACUUUGGGGGGGUGAAUAGUUAUGCACGCUCAAGUUUUCUGUUGUUUUUUUUGUCUUAUUUCUUUUUUGUUUCACCCCCCAAAAAAUAUUUUGCAUCUUCAAAGUGGUAGGCAGGUUGUGUAAAUGAAAUGAUUCAAACCCCCCAAAAAUCCAUUUUAAUUCCAGGUUGUAAGGCAACAAAAUAGGAAAAAUGCCAAAGGGGGUGAAUACUUUCGCAAGCCACUGUAGGUACUAGGAAGCAGAUCAAUCUGCCUAUUGGUGCUUUAAUCAGUGAUUGUGAUAGCCUUUGACCUUGGGAAAGAGUUUGUGUGAUUAGUUAUACAUCUGUCUGAGGAUAGAUUGUGUAUCACAUGAUCCCUAUAACAUUCCUGUUUAUACUACACACCAUGUAGGCCAACAUAGUCCACUGAAUGAGUAGCAGCAGGAAGCAGCAUCAGAUUAUCUUGAAACCGUGACAGGUUUCUAUGGCGUCUGCAAACUAUUUGGAGCAAUGACAUUACUGGGCCAAUGAAAUAUUUACAUUUACAUUUUACAUUUUAGUCAUUUAGCAGACGCUCUUAUCCAGAGCGACUUACAGGAGCAAUUAGGGUUAAGUGCCUUGCUCAAGGGCACAUUAACGUCAUUUAGCAGACGCUCUUAGCCAGAGCGACUCACAAAUUGGUGCGUUCACCCUAUAGCCAGUGGGAUAACCACUUUACAAUUUGGGGGGGGGGGGGGGUUAGAAGGAAUACUUUAUCCUAUCCCAGGUAUUCCUUAAAGAGGUGGGGUUUCAAAUGUCUCCGGAAGGUGGUGAGUGACUCCGCUGUCCUGGCGUCGUGAGGGAGCUUGUUCCACCAUUGGGGUGCCAGAGCAGCGAACAGUUUUGACUGGGCUGAGCGGGAGCUAUGCUUCCGCAGAGGAAGGGGAGCCAGCAGGCCAGAGGUGGAUGAACGCAAUGCCCUCGUUUGGGUGUAGGGACUGAUCAGAGCCUGAAGGUACAGAGGUGCCGUUCCCCUCACUGCUCCAUAGGCAAGCACCAUGGUCUUGUAGCGGAUGCGAGCUUCAACUGGAAGCCAGUGGAGUGUGCGGAGGAGGGGGGUGACGUGAGAGAACUUGGGAAGGUUGAACACCAGACGGGCUGCGGCAUUCUGGAUGAGUUGUAGGGGUUUAAUGGCACAGGCAGGGAGGCCAGCCAACAGCGAGUUGCAGUAGUCCAGACGGGAUAUCUAUGCAGGGCUAGGGCUGUGGCGGUCAUACAAUUUUGUCAGCCGGGUGAUUGUCAUUCAAAUAACUGACGGUCUCACAGUAAUUGAUGCGAAAAGAAAGAACAAUAUAAUUGAACAGGAAUAAAAUAGAAAGGAUAUUUUUCUCCAAACGAUUUUAGGGAGUGCACACAUGCGGCUAUUCUUUGUUGAGCGGUUAACAAAGAAACAGGUCCUCCUACAGUGGGGAGAACAAGUAUUUGAUACACUGCCGAUUUUGCAGGUUUUCCUACUUACAAAGCAUGUAGAGGUCUGUAAUUUUUAUCAUAGGUACACUUCAACUGUGAGAGACGGAAUCUAAAACAAAAAUCCAGAAAAUCACAUUGUAUGAUUUUUAAGUAAUUCAUUUGCAUUUUAUUGCAUGACAUAAGUAUUUGAUACAUCAGAAAAGCAGAACUUAAUAUUUGGUACAGAAACCUUUGUUUGCAAUUACAGAGAUCAUACAUUUCCUGUAGGUCUUGACCAGGUUUGCACACAAUGCAGCAGGGAUUUUGGCCCACUCCUCCAUACAGACCUCCUCCAGAUCCUUCAGGUUUCGGGGCUGUCGCUGGGCAAUACGGACUUUCAGCUCCCCUCCAAAGAUUUUCAAAAAUCCAGAAAAUCACAUUGUAUGAUUAAGUAAUUAAUUUGCAUUUUAUUGCAUGACAUAAGUAUUUGAUCACCUACCAACCAGUAAGAAUUCCGGCUCUCACAGACCUUUUCUUUAAGAAGCCCUCCUGUUCUCCACUCAUUACCUGUAUUAACUGCACCUGUUUGAACUCGUUACCUGUAUAAAAGACACCUGUCCACACACUCAAUCAAACAGACUCCAACCUCUCCACAAUGGCCAAGACCAGAGAGCUGUGUAAGGACAUCAGGGAUAAAAUUGUAGACCUGCACAAGGCUGGGAUGGGCUACAGGACAAUAGGCAAGCAGCUUGGUGAGAAGGCAACAACUGUUGGCGCAAUUAUUAGAAAAUGGAAGAAGUUCAAGAUGACGGUCAAUCACCCUCGGUCUGGAGCUCCAUGCAAGAUCUCACCUCGUGGGGCAUCAAUGAUCAUGAGGAAGGUGAGGGAUCAGCCCAGAACUACACGGCAGGACCUGGUCAAUGACCUGAAGAGAGCUGGGACCACAGUCUCAAAGAAAACCAUUAGUAACACACUACGCCGUCAUGGAUUAAAAUCCUGCAGCGCACGCAAGGUCCCCCUGCCCGUCUGAAGUUUGCCAAUGACCAUCUGGAGGAUCCAGAGGAGGAAUGGGAGAAGGUCAUGUGGUCUGAUGAGACAAAAAUAGAGCUUUUUGGUCAAAACUCCACUUGCCGUGUUUGGAGGAAGAAGAAGGAUGAGUACAACCCCAAGAACACCAUCCCAUCCGUGAAGCAUGGAGGUGGAAACAUAAUUCUUUGGGGAUGCUUUUCUGCAAAGGGGACAGGACGACUGCACCGUAUUGAGGGGAGGAUGGAUGGGGCCAUGUAUCGCGAGAUCUUGGCCAACAACCUCCUUCCCUCAGUAAGAGCAUUGAAGAUGGGUCGUGGCUGGGUCUUCCAGCAUGACAACGACCCGAAACACACAGCCAGGGCAACUAAGGAGUGGCUCCGUAAGAAGCCUCUCAAGGUCCUGGAGUGGCCUAGCCAGUCUCCAGACCUGAACCCAAUAGAAAAUCUUUGGAGGGAGCUGAAAGUCUGAUUGCCCAGCGACAGCCCCGAAACCUGAAGGAUCUGGAGAAGGUCUGUAUGGAGGAGUGGGCCAAAAUCCCUGCUGCAGUGUGUGCAAACCUGGUCAAGACCUACAGGAAAUGUAUGAUCUCUGUAAUUGCAAACAAAGGUUUCUGUACCAAAUAUUAAGUUCUGCUUUUCUGAUGUAUCAAAUACUUAUGUCAUGCAAUAAAAUGCAAAUUAAUUACUUAAAAAUCAUACAAUGUGAUUUUCUGGAUUUUUGUGUACCUAUGAUAAAAUUACAGACCUCUACAUGCUUUGUAAGUAGGAAAACCUGCAAAAUGUGUGAUACAAACGUUAGGCUAUAUGUUUUGAUUUCUAAUACAUGAUGUGACAUGAUGAUUUCACGAAAGGGAAGCUCUCUGCUCUGUUUCUUGUGCAGGCUGCAAACACUUCAUCAGUAUUUCAUUCACAAUUUGACAAGCACUUGAUAAUAUUCUCACGCAUUAUUCUCAAUUUAAUCUGGUCUUUACAUAUAGCCUAUGUGUGGAAUAAAAAAUAGAAAUCGUCCAUAGCCUGCAUUCGAAUAGCGAAUGGAGGUUCUGUGCAGUUACUUUUUUAAUAUGCCAGGUAUGCCACACUGUUUGUAAAGCGGAUUUAAUGUGCUGAAUUUGUAAGACUUGAUCAAUAAAUAUAGCAGCACGAGAAAGCUGGGAUCUGCUUUUAUUAAAUAGUGGCCAGUUAACUCUGUUUUCAUGUGUGAUUGCUAGGCUCUGUAGGCUAUGGGCUCUCCAACCAUGUUUCAGGGGUUUUGGCACUAUAGGCUACGUUUUGGAGUUAUUUGUUCACUUCAGUUGUGAUGAUACCCCAUUUUCACUCACCACCUUCCGGAAACAUUUCAAACCCCACCUCUUUAAGGAACACCUGGGAUAGGAUAAAGUAAUCCUUCUAUCCCCCCCCCAAAAAAAAUUUAAAUAAAAAAUAAAGUGGUUAUCCCACUGGCUAUAAGGUGAAUGCACCAAUUUGUAAGUCGCUCUGGAUAAGAGCGUCUGCUAAAUGAUGUAAAUGUAAUGAUACAAACCUUAGCAAAACAUAUAGGCCAAUGGGCUAGGCUUCAUGAUGCAUGCGACUAAAAAAUGAAUGCGCUGUGCAUCAUUCACAAGUGAUAACUAUUCUCAAUUUAAUAUUGUCUUUACAUAUACUAAAUAAUGUGUGAAAUUAGUUUUGAUUUAGAAUGGGCGAUUUAUCAUGCACCUGUUGGAACAGGGGCAGGGUAAAAAAGACGUCAUCCAUAUGCACUUGGAGUGAAAAAUGUAUGCACUCACUAACUGUAAGUCGCUCUGGAUAAGAGCGUCUGCUAAAUGACUAAAAUGUAAAAUGUGAAAAUGAGUACGCUUUUCCCAUGGUUCAUUUUCAUGCCCGCCUGGUAGGCUACUCCGGUUGUAAAACGAAGCAAAGUGUUUUUAUAUUUGGAAAGUUAAGAAAUAAAUAUAGUAGGCCUAGCCUAUAGAAAGCUGAUGGGAUUCUCCUUUUGUUAAUAGAGGCCAUCAACUCUGUUUUCUCACGCAAUUGCAUAGCCUAUAGAAAUGUUGCACAACAGGAAAACUUAUUUCAUUCCAUGCAUCAACCACCUAUGCUUAUUAUUAUUAUUAUUAUUAUUAUUAUUAUUAUUACCUAUGAGGAGCUGGCUCCGCUCAAACUCUGAAUACCAGGGAUCUCAUGAAGUGUUUGAUUUUGAUUUUCGAUACCAUUUGCAUUGAUGUCAGAGUGAUUAGAGGGACAAUAGAGCGCUGAGUACCGGCCAUUAGCGUCUGGCCGUUAGCAUGUUUGGUAGGCUACUAAUGACCAUCAGAGGCAUCAGAUGACUGCGGUCAUGACUGCCAGUGUGGCUGUAAUACGGUCAUCAUAACAGCCUUAUGUAGGGCGACAUGUCUACCUUUUGAGAUGACCAAUCCUCGCUGUGGAUGUCAAUAUUUCAGCAGUGGCCUUAAAAAAAACACACCACCCAAUUGGCAUCUCAGAAUUAAAACAAAUUCUCUCCCAUUGACGUUCUGUUCCUGUCCCCCACAUUUGCAAUCAGAGUAAUAGGGUAAAUCCAUUUGAAUUCAAUCACUUUUUGACAGCAUCCCUUUUGAUUUAAACAAAACUUUCCAUACAUGUUUGCCCAUGAAAGAAGGGGUCAUAAAGUGACUUUUUGGACCUAAAUGCCAAAACAUUCAGGAGAUAAAGGUGCUCAAAGUUGACCCAUUUUGCAUACCCCACCAUACUAUGAGACAUCCAUGUCUUUAUCACUGGAAAAGAGAAACGAUUGAGUUUGAUAUCAUUUAAAAGCUUAGUCUUGUCAAACUGUGAUCAGUUCUUGGGGAAAAGUUUUUGCAUAACAAUUGUCAUUUUUUAACCAUUUCACAUCAAUUAUUUAAAAAAUCUGUAAACUCUGAUUUGUUUCAUAUUUGCAUAAAUUGUAGCUUAGACCCUAUUUCACAUAAUCUGAGGUUUUUGUGUUGUGCCCGCCAUUGGUUGAGACACAACAUGCUCUUAAAUACAGGGUGGGUGUCAUUUAAAUCAUAGAAAUAUAAUUAAUAGAAUGGGCCUAUCCUUUCCGACCACUGAAAUUUUGCUGGUACACCAUUAGGCUUGGGCGAUAUACCAGGGUAUUUUGAAAUACAAAGGUAUGAUUUUCAAUACCGUCCCUGGGCCUCCCUAAAGCUCUAAGCCCCCAUUCUUAAAAUAGUUUGUUCGCUUGCGCUUGUUAGCAUUUAGCUAGCUACGGUAAUUCACUACUAAUUUGUUAGCAUUUCGAGAGCUUGGGACUAUAAGGUUCUAUAUGCAUUUUUGUCAAUAUUGAGUUAUUGACAUAGGCAUGUUCUGUUCAAAGUUCUUUACCUAUAUAGUGUUCUAAAUACCCCAAUUCAUUUCUGACACCAUUCAAACCAAUGAGGGUUUGGAACUUUAAAGGCAAUUACCUCAAUCAUAUUCUUUCUCAGAGAACCGUAUAGUCCCAAGCUCUCGAUUUGUAAAAAAAUAAAUAAUAAUUACCUUUGGAAAUAAAUAGUGCCCCGUGUGUGCACAUAUACCCCGGCAUGGUACAGGAUUUGUAUGAAAAUCUGGAUCCCGCCCCAACCCUAUACAUCAUUUUUACAAUUUAAAGAUGCACUAUGCAGAAAUCGCUCCGCCAUUUCCUGGUUGCUAAAAUUCUAAUAGUUCGCGUAAUUUCAGUUUCUGACAAAACAAGCAAGUAUAGUGUUGAGAAUCAUUGUACCAUCUAAACCGCUAGCAAAUAUAUUUUCCAUAUCACAACAUUUUGUAUUUUCACCUGUUUGAAGCUGGUGUACAAAACCGAAAGUAAAAGACGCAAAAACUAAACUUAAAGACGGGAUGCAUAGAAAUACACACACAACAGAUCUACCACUUCUUACACUUUCUUUCAAUGACAGAUCAUUAACAAACAUUUCUAUGUGAAUUUUGUUGGGUCAGCCAAAAAGUUACAUAUUGCAGUAAGUAUCAAGGCACGCAAAAGACAUUAACAAAAGCUCAAACACCCAAAUACGUCCUUGUAGAAACGGACAUGCUCUCAGUAUAGUGAUGUAGUACACAUUAAAUUGUGUCAUUCCGAAGUUUAUCCGCAACGUUAUAUUCCAUUUUGUAUGACUCGAUACGUUUAUUCUACCAGAUGUGCUGCGCGGGCUGUGCCCGUGUACUAUAGGGACACGCUCGGGCCGGCACAACUGCGUGGGGCAACAGCGCGACUUGUACCGUUGAGGAUAAAGUUCGGAAUCUAAAGACCUACAUCACUAUACUGAGAGCAUGUCCUUUUCUACAAGGACAUAUUUAGGUGUUUUUUGAGCUUUUGUUAAUGUAUUUUGCGUUCCCUGAAACGGUACAACGAACAAUGAGGAAGUUUAUUGCAGCUGGGGUAUUUUUAAGAAAACAAACAAGCCCCCCCCCCCAAAAAAAAGUGUCUGACCUUUCUAUAACAUGCCAUUUACAGUGCAUUAGAAAAAUAUUCAGACCCCUUGACUUUUUCCACAUUUUGUUACAUUACAGCCUUAUUCUAAAAUGGAUUAAAUGGUUUUUCCCCCUCAUCAAUCUACAUACAAUACCCCUUAAUGACAAAGCAAAAACUGGUUUUUAGAAAUGUUUAUAAAUGUAUUAAAAAUAUAACUGAAACAUCACAUUUACAUACAGUACCAGUCAAAAGUUUGGACACACCUACUCAUUCCAGGGUUUUUCUUUAUUUUUACUAUUUUCUAUAUUGUAGAAUAAUAGUGAAGAGAUCAACACUAUGAAAUAACACAAAUGGAAUCAUGUAGUAACUAAAAAAGUGUUAAACAAAUCAAAAUAUAUAUUAGAUGCUUCAAAGUAGCGACCCUUUGCCUUGAUGACAGCUUUGCACACUCUUGGCAUUCUCUCAACCAGGUUCACCUGGAAUGCAUUUCAAUUAACAGGCGUGCCUUGUUAAAAGUUAAUUUGUGGAAUUUCUUUCCUUCUUAAUGAUCAGUUGUGUUGUGAGAAGGUAGGGGUGGUAUACAGAAGAUAGCCCUAUUUGGUAAAAGACCAAGUCCAUAUUAUUGCAAGAACAACUCAAAUAAGCAAAGAGAAAUGACAGUCCAUCAUUACAUGAAGGUCAGUCAAUCCAGAAAAUGUCAAGAACUUUGAAAGUUUCUUCGAGUGCAUUCGUAAAAACCAUCAAGCGCUACGAUGAAACUGGCUCUCACGAGGACCGCCACAGGAAAGGAAGACCCAGAGUUACCUCUGCUGCAGGGGAUAAGUUCAUUAGAAUAACUGCACCUCAAAUUGCAGUCCAAAUAAAUGCUUCACAGAGUUCAAGUAACAGACACAUCUCAACAUCAACUGUUCAGAGGAGACUUUGUGAAUCAGGCCUUCAUGGUCGAAUUGCUGCAAAGAAACCACUACUAAAGGACACCAAUAAGAAGAGACUUGCUUGGGCCAAGAAACACGAGCAAUGGACAUUAAACCGGUGGAAAUCUGUUCGUUGGUCUGAUGAGUCCAAAUUUGAGAUUUUUGGUUCCAACUGCCGUGUCUUUGUGAGACGCAGAGUAGGUGAACGGAUUAUCUCUGCAUUUGUGGUUCCCACCGAGAAGCAGGAGCUGUGGGGGUGCUUUGCUGGUGACACUGUCUGUGAUUUAUUUAGAAUUCAAGGCACACUUAACCAGCAUGGCUACCACAGCAUUCUGCAGCGAUACGCCAUCCCAUCUGGUUUGCGCUUAGUGUGACUAUAAUUUGUUUUUCAACUGGACAAUGACCCAAAACCACCUCCAGGCUGUGUAAGAGCUAUUUGACCAAUAAGGAGAGUGAUGGAGUGCUGCAUCAGAAGACCUGGCCUCCACAAUCACCCGACCUCAACACAAUGUAGAUGGUUUGGGAUGAGUUGGACCGCAGAGUGAAGGGAAAGCAGCCAACAAGUGCUCAGCAUAUGUGGGAACUCCUUCAAGACUGUUGGAAAAGCAUUCCUCAUGAAGCUGGUUGAGAGAAUGCCAAGAGUGUGCAAAGCUGUCAUCAAGGCAAAGGGUGGCUACUUUGAAGAAUAUACAAUAUAUUUUGAUUUGUUUAACACUUGAUUCCAUAUGUGUUAUUUCAUAGUUUUGAUGUCUUCACUAUUAUUCUACAAUGUAGAAAAUAGUUUAAAAAAUUAAGAAAAACCAUGGAAUGAGUAGGUGUGUCCAAACUUUUGACUGGUACUGUAAGUAUUCAGACCCUUUAUUUUGUUGAAGCACCUUUGGCAGCGAUAACAGCCUCAAGUCUUCUUGGGUAUGACGCUACAAGCUUGGCACACCUGUAUUUGGGGAGUUUUUCCCGUUCUUCUCUGCAGUUCCUCUGAAGCUCUGUCAGGUUGGAUGAGGAGCGUCGCUGCACAGCUAUUUUCAGGUCUCUCUGGAGAUGUUCGGUCGGGUUCAAGUCCGGGCUCUGGCUGAGCCACUCAAGGACAUUCAGAGACUUGUCCCGAAGCCACUCCUGCGUUGUCUUGGCUGUGUGCUUAGGGUCGUUGUCCCGUUGGAAGGUGAACCUUCCGCCCCAGUCUGAGGUCCUGAGCGCUCUGGAGCAGGUUUUCAUCAAGGAUCUCUCUCUACUUUGCUCCGUUCAUCUUUCCCUCGAUCCUGACUAUUCUCCCAGUCCCUGCCGCUGAAAAAUCUCCCCACAGCAUGAUGCUGCCACCACCAUGUUUCACCGUAGGGAUGGUGCCAGGUUUCCUCCAGACGUGAAUCUUGGUUUCAUCAGAUCAGAGAAUCUUGUUUCUCAUGGUCUGAGUCCUUUAGGUGCCUUUUGGCAAACUCCAAGCGGGCUGUCAUGUGCCUUUUACUGAGGAGUGGCUUCCAUCCGGCCACUCUACCAUAAAGGCCUGAUUGGUGGAGUGCUGCAGAGAUGGUUGUCCUUCUGGAAGGUUCUCCCAUCUCCACAGAGGAACUCUGGAGCUCUGUCAGUGACCAUCAGGUUCUUGGUCGCCUCCCUGACCAAGGCCCUUCUCCCCUGAUUGUUCAGUUUGGCAGUGGGGCCAGCUCUAGGAAAAGUCUUGGUGGUUCCAAACUUCUUCCAUUUAAGAAUGAUGGAGGCCACUGUGUUAUUGGGGAUCUUCAAUGCUGCAGACAUUUUUUGGUGCCCUUCCCCAGAUCUGUGCCUCGACACAAUCCUGUAUCGGAGCUCUAUGGACAAUUCCUUCAACCCCGUGGCUUGGUUUUUGCUCUGAUAUGCACUGUCAACUGUGGGACCUUAUAUAGACAGGUGUGUGCCUUUUCCAUAGCAAAGGGUCUGAAUACUAAUGUAAAUAAGGUAUUUCUGUUUUUCAUUUUUUUUAUAAAUUUGCAAAACAUUCUAAAAACCUGUUUUCGCUUUGUCAUUAUGGGGUAUUGUAUGUAGAUUGAUGAGGGGGGAAAAUACUUUCAUCCAUUUUAGAAUAAGGCUGUAAUGUAACAAAAUGUGGAAAAGGGGAAGGGGACUGAAUACUUUCCGAAUGCACUGUAUAUCGAAAAUAGAGGAAAAUUCUCCUUUAAAGGUUAAAAAAGGACCAUUUGUAUAAAUUUCCCCCCCCCCAAAAGUUAUUAAAUAGUUUGACAACCCAGUUUGUAAGCUUUUAAAUUAUAUAAAUCUCAACCAUUUAUCUUUUCCAGUGAUGAAGACACGGAUGUCUCAUGGUAUGGUAUGAAAAAUUGGUCAACUUUGAGUGCUUUUAUCUCUUGAAUUUUUGGCAUUCGGGUCCAGGAAGUCACCACCUGAGCACUUCUACAAUGGGUAAAUAUGCAUGGAAGGUUUUGUUUAAAUCAAAAGGGGGGCUGUCAAAAAGGGAUUGAAUUCAACUGGAUUUACUCAAUAUUAACAAUCUUGUGCAAAUCAAAGCAGCUGCCAUUGAUGGAUUGGUCUUUUUGUGUUUUGAACAAUGUUUUCGAAAGUCUUACAUUUGGAUGAUGGUGUUUUAGGCUACUAGACAUAAGGACAACAUAUUCAUCAGUGUGUGGUUAUAGUGAGCUAAGAGUUCACUUUCCAUUGAGUUAGUGUGUGUGAGUCAGUAUGCUGGGCACUGUUUCACUAAAUGGAUGACGAUGACGUCUCUCUGCCUGGAGUUGAUCAGCACAGUGUCCUCUAGAGUCCCAUGCAGAGAGUGAAGGGGACACACUCAGAGAGAGGAGCUUGUGGAGGGAGAGGCUCACAGACAGAGCGUGUGUCAUGCAGAGAAAGCGAGAUGGGCUCAGUGUGCUGAUUCAUCAGUGUGGUGUUGGUGUAGUAUCAAACGAAUGCCUCUCUGUCUGACUGUGCUGCUGCUUCCCCACAGGUACGGGAAGAUGUCCUCAACUCACUAAACAACAACUUCCUCCAAACACUGAACCAAGCCUGGAACGACCACCAGACGGCCAUGGUCAUGAUCAGAGACAUCCUCAUGUACAUGGUGAGCGGCACCACCAGCUACCAGAGCCAUGGAUUUAGAGAGUUGGGCCAACUUUUAGAAUUUUGAAUAUUGUUUUGAUUCUAGACAUACAGUUACAUAGCAUUAUUUUAAUAUUCCCCAUGUAAUGUUAAUGGGGCGCUAACAUGGCUGCCAUAGAAUAAAAAAAUAUAUAUAUUUUAGUAUUUUGUUCAUUCGUCCACUGUUGAUCCAGUCAGAUACGUUUUCAAGAUAGAGCACUUUAAGUAAAAAUCUAAAAGUGAUGCUACGUUUUGCAUCAUAUGAUGUGUUCUGCAUCAUCACACUUUUAGAAAACAUAACUGCUAACAUAAGUACAAUUUGUGCUUAUCGGACGUGCACUCUUCUUAGUUAUUAGGAUUUGACUGUAUUUCUCAAUACAGUAUCGUCACGUAACCCUCCCUUGGACUGGCAAUGCAUUGCUUCCUGGCUGCAGGUCUCAAACGUGCUCCGGGGUGAAGUUUCCCUUAAGUACAGAUCAGCUUCCCAAUCCUAACCAUAACCAUUAGUGGGGUAAAUGCAAACCUUAACCCAAGAUCAACCUUGACUGACAAAGCUUCCCCCUCUCUUCCUCUUGUUUCCCAGGACCGGGUGUACGUGCAGCAGAACAGCGUGGAGAACGUCUACAACCUGGGCCUGAUCAUCUUCAGAGACCAGGUGGUGCGCUAUGGCUGCAUCCGAGACCACCUCCGACAGACCCUCCUGGACAUGAUCGCACGGGAGAGGAAGGGCGAGGUGGUGGAUAGGUAUAAUAAUAUGACCCCGUCUAUACACAGGCCCCGUUCGACUUCUAUAAAAGUGCACAAACUCCUAGCUUCGUUGAAGGAAUCACUGAAAUGACUGGACAAGUGGAAUCACUAGAAAUGACUAGACAAGUGGAAUCACUAGAAAUGACUAGACAAGUGAAAGACAUUGGGUGGAACGCUUGCGUUCAUCUGUCCAGUCAGGUCUAAGCAUUGACUGUUUCAAGGAAGGGAGGGAGGAAGGAAGGAUGCACUUUGAAGGAAUUUGAACAGAGCCACAGUUUCUGAGCUGAAGGAAGCAGUGUUUCUCCCGAUAAAGAAAAUCACAACCCUAAUCCAUGAUUAUUUCAUUGUGCUCUUUGUUACAUUUAAAAAGUAUCUGUUACAGUCUUUGAGCUGACCCAGACCUAAAUGGCACCAUAUACACAAAACAUUGAUCAUAUUUAGUUGCACCCCCUUUUGCCCUCAGAACAGCCUCAAUUCGUCUGGGCAUGGACUCUACAAGGCAUCGAAAGCUUUCGAUAGGAAUGCUGGUCCAUUUAGACCCCAAUGCUUCCCACAAGUUGGCUGGAUGUCCUUUGGGUGGUGGACCAUUUUUGAUACACAUGGGAAACUGUUGAGUGUGAAAAACCCAGCAGCGUUGCAGUUCUUGACACACUCAAACCGGUGCGCCUGGCACCUACUACCAUACCCUGUUCAAAGGCACUUAAAUAUUUUGUCUUGCCCAUUCACCCUCUGAAUGGCACACAUACACAAUCCAUGUCUCAAUUUUCUCAAGGCUUAAAAAUCCUUCUUUAACCUGCCUCCUCCCCUUCAUCUACAUUGAUUGAAGUGGAUUUAACAAGUGACAUCAAUAAGGGAAAAUAGCUUUCACCUGGAUUCACCUGGUCAGUCUAUAUCAUGGACAAAGCAGGUGUUCCUAAUGUUAUGUACACUCAGUGCACUACUUUUGACCAAGGCCCAUAAUAGAAUGCAAUUUGGGAUUCAACUGUACUUGACUCUCUCUCUCUCUCGAUCUCUCUAUCAGGGGGGCGAUCAGAAAUGCCUGCCAGAUGUUAAUGAUCUUAGGCCUCGAAGGGAGGUCUGUUUACGAAGAGGACUUUGAGGCCCCGUUUUUAGAAAUGUCUGCAGAGUUCUUCCAGGUUUGUAAGAAUCCCUCCCCCCACCCAUCUAUUCACACAUUUAAUUCGCUUGCAGUGAUAUGUUGUUCACCUACUAUCAUGUUAUAUACAUAAUGUGUAUGCCCUCUCAAUCACCCAAGGUGCUCCUAACCCCGUGUUUGUUUGCCCUCCAGAUGGAAAGUCAAAAGUUUUUGGCAGAGAACAGCGCAAGCGUGUACAUAAAGAAAGUGGAGGCGCGGAUAAAUGAGGAGAUCGAGCGUGUGCUGCACUGCCUGGACAAGACGACGGAGGAGCCCAUCGUCAAGGUGGUGGAGCGGGAGCUCAUCUCCAAGCACAUGAAGACCAUCGUGGAGAUGGAGAACUCGGGCCUCGUCCACAUGCUCAAGAACGGAAAGACAGAGGGUCAGUUUGCCACACUACUACUACUACAGUCCCAGCUAUGGCAUGUGUCCCAAAUGGCACCUUAUUCCCUAUGCAGUGAACUACUUUUGACAGGGCCGAUAGGGCUCUGGUCAAAAGUAGUGCACUAUGUAGGGCAUAGGGUGCCAUUUGGGACAUAUACCCUUUCUUUUUUCAUGAAAAGGAUAUUUUACCCCGAUGUUAAAGUUUGUCAGACGUUUGCAGAAUAAUUGAGUAAUGUAUAUUGUGUGAAUCUGUGUUGUUAUCGUGUGCAUACUUGGUACCACCCUUGCCAUAUCAAUGUCAGCAAUUCAAUAUUUCUUGUGAAAUGUAUUCCGUGUGGUGGGGUGGUCUUUGGAUACUAAUGUGUGUGUGUGUGUGUGUGUGUGUGUGUGUGUGUGUGUGUACGUACGCGAACGAACGCAGACCUGGCGUGUAUGUAUAAGCUCUUUAGCAGAGUGCCAAACGGACUGAAGACCAUGUGUGAGUGCAUGAGCUCCUACCUCCGCGAGCAGGGCAAGGCGCUGGUGUCAGAGGAGGGCGAAGGCAAAAACCCUGUAGAUUACAUCCAGGUAACUCACACAGGAAGUGACAUCAUUGACACGGGGCAGAGGGGUGUACUAAAGAUUGAUCUCUGGCUACGUUCCUGUCAUAGAUUUAACAAUAGUGGAAACUCCAGCGAAUGCUUACACUGAUCCAAUGCUUUUAAAUCCACAACAGGGACGCAAUUUCUGUUGUGAUAAUCCAUAUUGACACUAGAUGGCAGCGUACACAAGAGCAUGUAGUAAGUGCCACUGCUUUCCAAUAAUGAUGUCACGUUUUCUUCCUUCCUCCGUUUUUUUUCUCUGCAGGGUCUGUUGGAUCUGAAGUCGCGUUUCGACCGCUUCCUCCUAGAGUCGUUCAACAACGACCGGCUCUUCAAGCAGACCAUCGCAGGGGACUUUGAAUAUUUCCUCAACCUCAACUCGCGCUCCCCCGAGUACCUCUCCUUGUUCAUCGACGACAAGCUGAAGAAAGGCGUAAAAGGAGUGAGUGGUUUUCUGAUGUAAUGGGGGAAUAAAGUCCUCCCCUCAGGGCACACAGGCUUCGUCCCUAAUGACACCAUAUUCUCUACAUAGUGCCCUACUUUUGACCAGGGCCCAGCACCCUAUGGGCCCUGGUAAAAGUAGUGCACUAUAUAAGGAAUAGGUGCCAUUUGAGUCCCAGUGCUGAGUAGACUGUCUCAGCUCGUGCUGAGACGGUGAUGAGGUUACGAGAUGAGAUUCAAUCCUACUUCGUGAGCAUCCUAUUGACAUCACCGUAAACUGUUGUACUGUAGACUAAUAGGAGAGGGUUGUUUUCUGUCAUUGUUCCUGAACAACAGCCCGGAAGAAUGAAAGCUUGACCUCAUCACUCAUUUUGAAUUAUAAUAAGUUAAUGUAUUUAAAUGUCAAUCGAUAUACAGUGAGCUUCAGAAGUAUUGGGACAGUGACACAUUUGUUGUUGUUUUGGCUCCAGCACUUUGGAUUUGAAAUGAUACAAUAACUAUGAGGUUAAAGUGCAGACUGUCAGCUUUAAUUCGGGUGAACCAUUUAGAAAUUAUAGCACUUUUUGUAGAUAGUCCCCCCAUUUUAGGGGAACAAAAGUAUUAGGACAAAUUCACUUAUGUGUAUUAAAAGUUCAGUAUUUGGGCCCAUAUUCAUAGCACGCAAUGACUACAUCAAGCUUGUGACUCUACACAUUUGUUGGAUGCAUUGUGUUUCAGAUGAUUUUGUGCCCAAUAGAAAUGAAUGGUAAAUAAUGUAUUGUGUCAUUUUGGGAUCACUUUUAUUGUAAAUAAGAAUAGAAUAUGUUUCUAAACACUUCUACAGUAAUGUGGAUGCUACCAUGAUUACGGAUAAUCCUGGAUGAAUCGUGAAUAAUGGAGGUUAGCAUUUUUAGGGGGUAUGAUAUUUGUGCAUCUAUCUUUCUCACUCAUCAUUAUUCAUGAUUCAUCCAGGAUUAUCUGUAAUCAUGGUAGCAUCCAAAUUAAUGUAGAAGUGUUUAGAAACCUGUUCUAUGCUGGAGUACAGAGCCAAAACAACAAAAUAUGUCACUGUCCCAAUACUUCUGGAGCUCACUGUAUAAGGAGUUCAAUAUAUUUAAUUAAAUCAGUGUUUGAAAUGUAAUAAUUUAAAGUGUGUGUGUGCUCGUGUAACGCUCGCUUUCCUCUCGUCCUGUGUGUGUAGUUGACGGAGCAGGAGGUGGAGUCGAUCCUGGACAAGGCCAUGGUGCUCUUCAGGUUCAUGCAGGAGAAGGAUGUGUUUGAGAGGUACUACAAACAGCACCUAGCCAGGAGGCUGCUCACCAACAAGAGCGUCUCGGACGACUCGGAGAAGAACAUGAUCUCUAAGCUCAAGGUGAGGAGACUGAGGAAGAGCAGUAGCUACAUAUCUUAAGAUCUUCCAUCCAUUAACACAUUCAUCAACUGUUUGUUUCAGGUAUAUUGUAGCACCUUCAAUACCUAAUAAGUGCGACCUUGUGUUCAAAUACUAUUUCAAAUAUUUCAUAUACUUUGAGCGUUUGCUUUAGCCUGCUUGGGGUGCCAUGUUGGAGGGGUUUGCACUUUUGGUGCUUUUUGAUUGGUUCAAUUGCAACAGGCAACCUCAAGCUAGCAACGCUAAAGUUUUUGAAAUUAUUUUGAAUUGUAUUUUGAUCCCAGGUCUGGUACUUUACACAUGGCAAUACAUUUUGAAAUUGAACUGCACAGAAACUCUGUGUUGAACUACAGCUCAGCUGAGUGGAGAGUCAGUGUGACAGAAACGGAUAGCGCAAGUGAAGUGUUGUUUAAUAGAUCUGUCUCACGCUCUCUCUUCCUCUCGCUCUUUCUCUGGUUCCCCUGGCCAGACGGAGUGUGGUUGCCAGUUCACCUCCAAACUGGAAGGCAUGUUCCGGGACAUGAGCAUCUCAAACACAACCAUGGACGAGUUCCGCCAACACCUACAGUCAACAGCGGUGAGACACAGAGACACACUCCCAGAACCAGUCCAGUGUUGGUUCUGGGGAACAUAGAGCUCGCCAGCUUGUAGUCCUAAAAAAACAGAAAUUAGUUACUUCUGGUUCGUUCAGCCAUUCCUAAGGGGAAAGAAAAUGGUUUUGGGAUAAACUCUGAAAAUAAGGUCUGAGGUUAACACAGGCUUAGGAGAUCGUAUAUGUUUUUUUUUCUAUGAGAUAAUAUCGGUCCGUCAACAUGACAUUUAUGAAUUAUGAAGCCUUUUAUGUGCUCUUUUUAUUACAUAAACGCUUAAACAUUCACAAAAAGUGAUGUUAGCUGAUGAAGAUUAGCUCAUAGAACAAAACGUAUAAGAUCUCCUAAGCCUGUGUUUACCACAGACCUUAUUUUCGGCGUUUAUCAAAAAACCCUACAAAAACUCCCAUGGGGAGUUUGUCCAACUAACAAAAAGAUUUAACCUAGCCAUUGCUCGCUCAAAGCGAAGAGCACAUCGUGUGAAGCUUUUGAUAGUCAUUCUGACCGUUGGGAACCUCAGUGAAAGACGUAGAUCAAACUUUCAUCCCCAGGUGUCGUUGGGCGGAGUUGAUCUCACAGUGAGGGUAUUGACUACAGGUUACUGGCCAACGCAGUCCGCCACGCCCAAAUGUAAUAUCCCCCCUUCGCCUCGACAUGCAUUUGAAGUCUUUAGAAGGUUUGUCGAUCUCCUCCUUGUCCUUCACUGUAUCUAAUUUACUUUGCAUAGCAAAGGCCAUAUAUUCUCUGCUGCAGGUUAUGGAAGCGGGGCUCUGUGCAUCGUUUGUCUGUGUUUAUCUUUAACGCUGUAGCGUGUGACUGUCCUCUCUGGCUCUGCGGCCAUAGAUUUUAUCUGGCCAAGCACAGCGGCAGGCAGCUCACGUUGCAGCAUCACAUGGGCUCUGCAGACCUCAACGCCACCUUCUACGGCCCAAUCAAAAAGGUAUGCAGGGGACAGCCUUUGCCUGACUGACUGGCUGGCAGGCAGACUGAUGCACGCACACACACCAGUAAUGUCAACAUCAGGCCUUGAUAACAGCAGGUGUAUCAGGGAUGUGUGGGGGGUGAGGCUAAGCUAUUAACAUUUCACACAUUUGUGUUUACAUAAGCAUGACAUAGUUAGUGAUUGAACAGAGGCUGCAUUGAUGAUUACUCCUGUGUGACUGAGUUACCUGAAGGCGGCCGGUGGUGACCACUCUCUCAUCUCCUCUCCCCCCAGGAGGACGGCUCAGAGGUGGGGGUGGGCGGCGCCCAGGUAACAGGCUCCAACACCAGGAAGCACAUACUGCAGGUGUCCACCUUCCAGAUGACAAUACUAAUGCUCUUCAACAACCGGGAGAAGUCCAUGUUUGAGGUACAGCCCUGAAUUGAAUGCGUAGCCCCUCACUGAAUAAAUUAAAGUUUGUAAGGGGGGCUGUAUUUGGGCAAUGUGAUGUCUUUAUAUGUGCAGGAUGUUGAUGUUUGUGGUCUGGCAAUGUCUUUCCCUGAGGGGAUAAAUAAAGUUAUAUUGAAUAGAAAAAGUUAUACACUCUUGUUUCUCUAUAAACAUAAUGUAUUAUUUGGUUUCAGUAUAGUGCAGUCAUGGAUCAAAGGAUCGCUCUGCCUCAUCUCCCUCUCUCCUCUUUGUCCCCAUCUCUCACUCUCUGCUGUGUAGGAGAUCCAGCAGGAGACAGACAUUCCGGAGAGGGAGCUGGUGCGAGCGCUGCAGUCACUGGCCUGCGGGAAGCCCACCCAGCGCGUCCUCACCAAAGAGCCCAAAUCCAAGGAGAUCGAGAACGGCCACGUGUUCACCGUCAAUGACCAGUUCACCUCCAAGCUGCACCGUGUCAAGAUCCAGACAGGUAAACAAACCCAGUUAGCCAUACAGACCGGUCUUGUGGAACACCGAUUCAAAUAUCUAAGGCAUGCAUAACCGAAAUGGCACAAAAACAACCAGGAUUUAUUUUGUUUCAACCUUGCUUUCUGAAGCAUUGCGUUGGGGCGUUGAACUGUAUGCACAAUGCAUUCUGAAAGUUUUCAGACCCCUUGACUUUUUCCAAAUUUUGUUACGUUACAGCCUUAUUCUAAAAUUGAUUAAAAUACCCAAUAAUGACAGAGCAAAAACAUGUAUUUAAUUUUUUUGCAAAUGUAUUACAAAUAAAAAACAGAAACCUUAUUUACAUAAGUAUUCAGACCCUUUGCUAUGAGACUCGAAAUUGAGCCCAGGUGCAUCCUGUUUCCAUUGAUCACCCUUGAGAUGUUUCUACAUUUGAUUGGAUUCCACCUGUGGUAAAUUCAAUUGAUUGGACAUGAUUUGGAAAGGCACACACCUGUCUAUAUAAGGUCCCACAGUUGACAGUGCAUGUCAGAGCAAAAACCAAGCCAUGAGGUUGAAGGAAUUGUCCGUAGAGCUCCGAGACAGGAUUGUGUCGAGGCACAGAUCUGGGGAAGAGUACCAAAACAUUUCUGCAGCAUUGAAGGUCCACAGUGGCCUCCAUCAUUCUUAAAUGAGAGGUUUAGAACCACCAAGAUUCUUCCUAGAGCUGGUUGUCCGGCCAAACUGAGCAAUCGGGGGAGAAGGGCCUUGGUCAGGGAGGUGACCAAGAGCCCGAUGGUCACACUGACAGAGCUCUAGAGUUCCUCUGUGGAGAUGGGAGAACCUUCCAGAAGGACAACCAUCUCUGCAGCACUCCACCAAUCAGGCCUUCAUGGUAGAGUGGCCAGACUGAAGCCACUCCUCAGUAAAAGGCACAUGACAGCCCGCUUGGAGUUUGCCAAAAGGCACCUAAAGGACUCUCAGACCAUGAGAAACAAGAUUCUCUGAUAUGAUGAAACCAAGAUUGAACUCUUUGGCCUGAAUGCCAAGCGUCAUGUCUGGAGGAAACCUGGCACCAUCCCUACGGUGAAGCAUGGUGGUGGCAGCAUCAUGCUGUGGGGAGGUUUUUCAGCGGCAGGGACUGGGAAACUAGUCAGGAUCGAGGGAAAGAUGAACGGAGCAAAGUACAGAGAGAUCCUUGAUGAAAACCUGCUCCAGAGCACUCAGGAUUUCAGAUUGGGGCGAAGGUUCACCUUCCAACAGGAUAACGACCCUAAGCACACAGCCAAGACAAUGCAGGAGUAGCUUCGGGACAAGUCUCUGAAUGUCCUUGAGUGGCCCAGCCAGAGCCCGGACUUGAACCCGAUCGAACAUCUCUGGAGAGACCUGAAAAUAGCUGUGCAGCAACGCUCCCCAUCCAACUUGACAGAGCUUGAGAGGAUAUGCAGAGAAGAAUGGGAGAAACUCCCCAAAUACAGGUGUACCAAGCUUGUAGCGUCAUACCCAAGAAGAGUAGGCUGUAAUCGCUGCCAAAGGUGCUUCAACAAAGUAAUGAGUAAAGGGUCUGAAAACGUACGUAAAUUUGAUAUUUCCGGGUUCCAUUCCAGAAUAAGGCUGUAACAAAAUGUGGAAAAGGUCAAGGGAUCUGAAUACUUUCCGAAUGCACUGUAUACCAACCUUCUUGGGUAAUUCUACCCACAGAACUAUAACAAGAUUAUAUUUAGGUUAAUCUACCUCUCAGGUACUCUACAUGACCCAAAGUAUGUGGACACCUGCUCGUCGAACAUCUCAUUCCAAAAUCAUGGGCCUUAAUAUGGAGUUGGUCCCCCCUUUACUGCUAUAACAGCCUCCACUCUUCUGGGAAGGCUUUCCACUAGAUGUUGGAACAUUGCUGCAGGGACAUGCUUGCAUUCAGCCACGAGCAUUAGUAAGGUCGGGCACUGAUGUUGGGCGAUUAGGCCUGGCUCGCAGUUGGCAUUCCAAUUAAUCCCGAAGGUGUUCGAUGGGGUUGAGGUCAGAGCUCGGUGCAGGCCAGUCAAGUUCUUCUGCACCGAUGUCGACAAACCAUGUCUGUAUGGGCCUCGCUUUGUGCACAGGGGCAUUGUCAUGCUGAAACGGGAAAGGGCCUUCCCCAAACUGUUGCCACAAAGUUGGAAGCACAGAAUCGUCUAGAAUGUCAUUGUAUGCUGUAGCGUUAAGAUUACCCUUUACUGGAACUAAGGGGCCUAGCCCGAACCAUGAAAAACAGCCCCAGACCAUUAUUCCUCCUCCACCAAACUUUACAGUUGGCACUAUGCAUUUGGGGAGGUAGCGUUCUCCUGGCAUCCGCCAAACCCAGAUUUGUCCGUCGGACUGCCAGAUGGUGAAGCAUGAUUCAUUACUCCAGAGAACACGUUUCCACUGCUCCGGAGUCCAAUGCCGGCAGGCUUCACACCACUACAGCCGACACUUGCGCAUGGUGAUCUUAGGCUUGUGUGCGGCUGCUUGGCCAUGGAAACACAUUUCACGAAGCUCCCGACGAACAGUUCUUGUGCUGACGUUGCUUCCAGAGGCAGUUUGGAACUCAGUAGUGAGUGUUGCAUCCGAGGACAGAUUAUUUUUACGCGCUUCAGCACUCGGCGGUCCCGUUCUGUGAGCUUGUGUGGCCUACCACUUCGCGGCUGAGCCGUUGUUGCUCCUAGACGUUUCCACUUCACAAUAACAGCACUUACAGUGGACCAGGGCAGACAUUUGACUCACUGACUUGUUGGAAAGGUGGCAUCCUAUGACGGUGACAAGUUGAAAGUCACUGAGCUCUUCAGUACGGGCCAUUCUACUGCCAAUGUUUGUCUAUGAAGAUUGCAUGGCUGUGUGCUCGAUUUUAUACACCUGUCAGCAACGGGUGUGGCUGAAAUAGCUGAAUCCACUAAUUGGAAGGGGUGUCCACAUACUUUUGUAUAGUGUCGUUUUAGUGAAAAACCCCACUGAUCUCCACUCAUCUGAAUAGCCCAGCCACAGGUUUACCUGUGUAGCGUGAAUGAUAUAGUCAUGUGCAUGUAGCCGUCAUAUGUGGUUCCCGGCUGAAACCGGUUUUCCUUGUGUCGGCCGCUAGUCGCCGCUAAGCAAGGAGAGUCGGACCCGGAGAGGAAGGAGACGCGGCAGAAAGUGGACGACGACAGGAAGCACGAGAUUGAGGCGGCCAUCGUCCGCAUCAUGAAGUCUAGAAAGAAGAUGCAGCAUAAUGUACUAGUAGCAGAGGUCAGUGGAAUACAGUGUAUGAACAUUGAGGUGUUUCGGGGUACACUUGGUUGUACCUGUCAGUAUUUAAUUAAUGUCAGUAAUUCGAUGUGAGAUCCGGUUCUGAUUGUGUCUGUGUUUGUACCGUCUCUCCAGGUCACCCAGCAGCUGCGGUCGCGAUUCCUCCCCAGUCCUGUAGUCAUCAAGAAGCGCAUUGAAGGACUCAUUGAGCGGGAAUAUUUGGCGCGGACACCGGAGGAUCGCAAAGUGUACACUUAUGUAGCAUAA